AUGUCCGAAGAGGUUUUGCCUAUGCAGUUUUUUCUACCGAAGUCCCUCGAAUGCCCGAAUGGAAUAUGCGAAUUAACAGUAUAUGAGGAGAACGAUCCUGCCUUGAUUGAAUGUGACAGCGAUACCAUUAGUCGAGACAAUUGGGUAGAAGAUCGAACGGAAUGUCCAAAAACUGGCACCUUUUACUUCCCUCCAAAAGAAAAAAUAGACUUCGAAAAAAUGAAACCAGAAUCAAGGCAGCCAGACUUUAGGCAAAAUAAAUUAAAUAGUACACAGAGUAACAUAGCAUCGAUAAUCCGCCAUGAUAGCCACGACAAGUGCGCGAAUUAUGCGACGACCAACGAUUUGGUGUACAACCAUCUGCCAAAACCCCUCUGUGGUCCGAAUCAGCGAUAUUAUAAACGAGCGGAACAUCAAUUCUAUCCCCAACCCGACCUGAUGAAAUGUUUUGGCAAUGUGACUGAAUGGGGUUUGAGGCAGCAGAUGGAAUAUGAGUGGAAGUGCACCGAUGUUUCCGACUACAUAUCCACCUUGUACGAAGACACGUUUGUACCUCCGCAGUUACACCAGUACUUGCCGCAAGCAGAGAGGAAGGCACGAGAUUCGUGAGUACACAUAGCAGCAUUUAGCAAGGAUUAAGAAUAACCACAUAUACAAUUUU